AUGGCGGGGAGAUUCUGUCAGAGAGACGGCGUAAUCAUGACGGCGAUGGUGGCGGUUGUAAUCUCCGAUGUCGGAAUGAAUACUCUGUUCAAAGCGGCAAGCUCAAAAGGAAUGAGCUCUUACGUCUUCCUUUACUCUGUAAAAUGGGUCUUCUCGGGUUACUUGGGUUACACAGGAAUCAAAUAUAGCUCUCCAACUUUGGCUUCAGCAAUGAGUAAUCUCACUCCUGCUUUCACUUUCCUCUUCGCUGUUCUCUUUGGAAUGGAGAAAGUAUCUAUAAAGAAAAAUAGCAGCAUAGCCAAAAUUGUGGGCACAAUAGUUUCGAUAGCUGGUGCACUUGUGGCUACUCUCUACCAUGGCCCCAUCAUCUUCGCCGCAUCUCAGCCGUCUCUUUAUCUCCCUCAGCCUCUAUCGCCGCCUCCAACACCACCGUCGAAUUCUAAUUGGGUCAUCGGCGGAGGUCUCCUUGCCCUCGAGUACACUCUUAUUGCCGUCUCUUACAUCAUACAGACGCAUAUAAUGAGGGAAUAUCCGUCAGAAUUUGCCUUGGCACUUUCCCACAAUGUCUGCGUUUCAAUCUCUUGUGCAUUUGUUAGUAUUUUCGCCGAGAAGAACAAUCCGGGUGCAUGGAUUAUGAGAUCAAAAAUAAUGUUGAUAUGCAUUGUUGCAACGGGGAUGGUAAAUUCGACAGGAUAUGUUGUCGAGUCAUGGACCGUUCGACAUAAAGGGCCAUUGUUUCUAGCCAUGUUCAGGCCAUUAUCUAUAUUAACUGCGGUGGUGUUAGGGGCGAUCUUUCUAGGCGAUUCUCUCCAUCUUGGAAGUGUAAUUGGUGGAACGUUGAUAUCCAUCGGUUUCUACACGGUUAUGUGGGGAAAAGCAAAGGAAGAGAAGGCAGAUAUCGACACCAAUGCUGCGGCACCAUCACAUUCGAAGAGAGUUCCUCUUUUGUUGGCCGCAGAGAAACAAGUCUAA